UAUGAAAAUCUGCUAAAUGUAUGUAUGGACUUCUACUUGGCUGGUAUGGAGACGACGACCACGACCCUUAGAUGGGCUACAUUGCUUUUUGCAAGUCACCCAGAAGUGCAGGAGAAAGUUCGUGAAGAAAUCAUGAAGGUCAUAGGCCCAGAUGGCAAGCCGACGACGUCAGUCAAACAGAAACUGCCUUACACCAAUGCGACUAUCCAGGAACUUCAGCGCUGGGCUAAUAUUGUUGCUAUGAAUGCCGUCCAUCGAACUGUAAGGGAUACUUCCGUUAGAGGAGUGAAAAUCCCUGCUGAUACCCUAGUACUCGGCGAGAUCCAUCAAAUUCUCGCUCAUUCGCCUGUAUUCAAAGAUGGACACAAGUUUCGCCCAGAACGUUUUCUCAUGGAAGAUGGUGUUACACCUAAUAAGGAGGCUGUCGAUCACCUGUGUCCAUUCUCGAUGGGGAAAAGACAAUGUGCUGGCGAAGCUUUGGCUCGAGUUGAACUCUUCAUUGGUGUCAUCACACUACUCCAAAACUAUAGGAUUGAACCUGCAAAAGGACGUGACAUCGAUUUGGAACCAAUUCCUGCUGGAAUUCUUCUUCCAAAGAUUUGGGCUCUGAACAUCCUAAUAAACAUUGGAAAAUUCAACAGCUUGAGAUUUGUUGACUCGUAUGAUCUGUUUGCGAAUAAGACCGACUUGAAACAAAACUGGGCGAAGACGGAAAUCGUCGAGUUCAAGUCUGCUUUUACAACUCAGUCGGAAGACGAAGUUUGUAUUGUGCGAAGUGCUGAGAAUGUUUACCGCCGUAUCGCACAAAUCACAAAGGUCGCAGUAUUACUUCUUUUAACUACUGCUGUAGCCAUCUAUAUAUGGCGAUUUUAUGAAAACACUAAGCGCUAUCCUAAAGGACCACGUCCAUACCCAUUUGUCGGCAACCUAAUUUCGUUGAACUUCACCAGAAUACAUGAGGAAUUCGCUAGAUGCACCAAGGAGUACGGUAACAUAUUCACUGUUUAUCUACCUAAACCUCAUGUGGUUAUAACGGAUUUCGAUGGUGUCAAGGAGGCAUUUGUGAAAAAAGGUGAUGACUUCCUUGGGCGUUCCGGUAUUUUUCCUGAUACCAUAUUUCAAAAUGUAGAAAACGGCGGAGUGAUUUUUUCGCAGGGGGAGAACUGGAGAGAACAACGUCGAGCAUCACUUCACAUUCUCAGGGAUUUUGGCAUGGGAAAGAAUUUGAUGGAAGAACAGGUACUACUUUCUGCUCAAGAUUUCCUUGCUCACUUGUCCUCAAUCAAAAACAAAGACGAGGUCUGUCUUCGUGAGCCAAUUCAGGUUUUCAUAGGGAACAUCAUAAACAAGACCUUAUAUGGAUUCAGUUACGAAUACAAUAAAAGUGGACGAAUGAUGGAUGCUGCUAACGAGCUCACCACAGUAUUUGAAGCCAUGAAGAAAAGCCCACUAACAUUCGUCGGCCAGCUCUUCCCGAUCAUUUACCGUUUACCGAUCAUUGGGCACUUGUCGAAAGGACGAUUCGAGGACAUGAUUGCUGGACUACGCCGGACGAUCAAAGAAGAUGUGGCAAGAGCACUGGAAUCAUAUUCGGUUGAUCAGGAGCCUGAAUGUCUAGUACAAGCCUACUACCAGAGAAUGCAGAACGAUCCAAAUCUAAAUUAUGAAAACUUGCUCAAUGUAUGCAUGGAUUUCUACUUGGCUGGUAUGGAAACGACCACCACAACCCUCAGAUGGGCUACAUUGCUUUUUGCAAGUCAUCCAGAAGUGCAGGAUAAAGUUCGUGAAGAAAUUCUGAGAGUAAUUGGCCCGGAAGGGAAGCCGACGACGUCAGACAGGCAGAAAUUGCCCUAUACUAAGUAA